GUCGCGGAGGCGGAGGGAGGAGAAAUGGGCGGGAGGCCUCCGGGGUAGCUCGAGACCCGGCGAAUACCCGGUUGUCAUGGAGUCGUGGGGCCCGGCUCGCGCAUGCGCCUGCUAACCCGCCCGGCUGGUCAUGGAGCGGCGACCCUGGCCCUUAGAGUAAUCCAUAUGCAAAGAGUACCUGUGAUCCAGCUUCCUGCCCUCUUAGACAUGGAGAGGAAAAUCCCAUCCAGAGAGAGCCCCAGAAGACUGUCCGCCAAGCCAGGCCGAGGCACGGAGAUGAAAAAGCUGGCCCGACCACUUGGCGUGGUGGCAGCUGACUCAGACAAGGACUCUGGCUUUUCAGAUGGGAGCUCAGAAUGUUUGAGCUCCGCAGAGCAGAUGGAGUCAGAGGACAUGCUGAGCGCCUUGGGCUGGAAGAGAGAAGACAAGCUGAGGCAGACCUCCAAAGCUGCAAACAAUGCCUUCCCCACGCUGUCCCCUAUGGUCGUCAUGAAGAAUGUGCUGGUCAAGCAGGGCAGCAGCUCCUCCCAGCUCCAGUCCUGGACUGUCCAGCCUUCCUUUGAAGUGAUCUCAGCGCAGCCACAGCUCUUUGUCCUUCAUCCACCUGUGCCAUCGCCUGUCAGCCCAUGCCAGACUGGUGAGAAAAAGUCAGAAUCCAGAAACUACUUGCCCAUUCUAAAUUCUUAUACCAAAAUAGCCCCCCACCCAGGCAAGAGGGGCCUCAACUCAGAAGACAGAGGAACAAGUGGGGUACCGAAGAAAAUCUGCACGGAGAGACCGGGGCCGAGCCUGUCUUCCAGUGAGCCAGCCAAGACUGGCCGAGUGCUAUCCAGUCCUUCCACUCCAGCCCCACCCAGCUCCAAACUCACCGAGGACUCCGCUCUGCAAGGAGUCCCCUCCCUUGGGGCUGGUGGAAGUCCACAGACUCUUCAGCCUGUGUCCAGCAGCCAUGUGGCUAAAGCUCCCAGUCUGACCUUCGCUUCGCCUGCCAGCCCUGUGUGUGCGUCAGACAGCACUCUGCAUGGCUUAGAGAGCAGUUCCCCUCUCUCCCCACUGUCAGCCAGUUACGGUUCACCUCUGUGGGCUGCAGAGCACCUCUGCCGCAGCCCAGACAUCUUCUCUGAGCAGAGGCAGAACAAGCACAGGCGCUUUCAGAACACCUUAGUGGUCCUCCACAAGUCUGGUUUGCUGGAGAUCACUCUGAAAACCAAGGAGUUGAUUCGUCAGAACCAAGCAACUCAGGCGGAGCUGGACCAGCUGAAGGAGCAAACCCAGAUGUUUAUAGAGGCCACCAAGAGCAGGGCUCCUCAGGCAUGGGCUAAGUUGCAGGCAUCACUAACAUCUGGGCCCAGUCAUUCAGGCAGUGACCUAGACACGUUGUCUGAUCACCCAGACAUAUAGCACAGAAACAUUUUCCAGUUAUUUGAGUUAACUCCUUUGCUAUUACAACUACACUUGUUUUUCACAGCCUAUUUAAGAGCUUUUCUUUCUAAACUCACCCACAAAGCCACGUACCAGUCCCUGGCUGCUGUCUUAGUCUGUGGUCCAUGCACAGGUUAAGUGUGUUAAGUUCCUCUGAGGAACUCCAUCUGGAAGUAUCCGUGAGUCCCUUUUCCAUGACCUGCAGGCACUUAGCUGGACAGAGGAGAGAUGGCUGUGUGUGUCUUUCAGCUGUUCCUUCCCAUCCUCCUCCUCACUGCCCAGGGUCAGGGUACAGUGACAUGGAUAAGUGUACACAGUGACACUUGUCCAACCAAGGAGUAGGUGACCUAAGGCCCCCUUCACUGUCCUCCCUCAAGUAUGUUAGUCACGGAGAACAAGAAGAGGAGAUGUUUUCAUUCUCCCAGGCCUUGUGCCUGUGAGUGAAAUCUAAAGUGCUUUGGGCACAGGUACCUGUGUGCAAGCACUUACCACAUAAGGCUUUCUUCCUUACACUUGAAAGUUAAAGGGGAAAGGGCAGUGCCACCUGGCUCACACACUGAUCACACACCAGAGCUCACCUAUACAAGUAGGCAAUACUUCAGAUUUUUAAAAUAUAGAAUGGAUUUAUACUGUCUGGAAUUGUAUUUGAUGAAUUGCCUUUUUGAUUUAAGGGUCAAAGAAGCCAGCAUGUUUGGUCACUAGCUGAAAGGUUUUGUUAAUAUAUACUUGAAAUAGCACAAACUAUUUAAAAGGCUUGAGAUGGGGCUGCAGGAUGGCUCAGUGAGUAAAGGUGCUUGCUGCCAGUGACCUGAAUUUGAUCCCCUGAACCCACAUGAUAGAAGGAGAAUUUACUACUGCAGAUUGUCCAUCAAAUGUGCACACACACACACACACACACACACUAAAUUAAUAUAAAAUCAAAAUUACAAGCUAUCAUCAACAUCAAAACAAGGUAAAACAAUCAAAAGCUUGAGAUGACUUCAGUGGGUCCUCAGGGUCUAGUGUAAGUCCACCAUCUGCUGUCUCUUGUCUGUACCUCACUCAGCUGUUUCUGUGAGGGAAAAAUGAUACCCCAAGGCCACAACAAUCAGAAAGGAUCCUUCCCUGUUUUCACAUCUGGGUUCUCACGCAUGCCCUGUGAUGAUGGGGCCACCAUGGAGCGGUCUUGCAUCUAGUCUUAAAUGUGGGCAGCGGAGCUGAAGUGUGGGUGUCCUUCUCGGAGGCUGGUCUUAGGGUGAAGAGCCUGAGGAGUCUCCAGGUCUUCAGUUUCCCUGUGCCGGUAACUAAGUGUCUAAAUGGUAAAGAUCCAAAGGCUUGUGUCCUCCGUUAAAAUGUUCAUCCUCCUGGAAAUCUUUGUUCUUUAUGAAUUAACUUGGUUUUUAUGACCAGUAUCUUUUCCUGCAGAGAGAAUGAAUGUUCUUGGGGCUUUACUAGGUCCAGAGUUAAGAAUCACAUUUAUUACAGAGUUGCUUGUAAUUCUAACAUAAUUUAAAAAGUAUAAGACUCAGGUUGGCUCUACUCUGCUCAUAAAGAUGUAUGAUUUAGAUAUGACUGGUUUAAAAAUAAUCAACUUGGUAAAAUCUCUAUUCCUUGGUCAACAUAGAAUUGUUACCUACUGUUUGUUUUCUGAAAGUUUCCAAAAUCAGAGUCCAUGUUUCUGGGCAGACUUGGCUCCUCGUGAUGUGCCCCCCCCCCCCCGAAUCUGUAUGGUAUUGUGGCCAUUCUGCACUCCACUAGGAAGCAGCCUUUUUGGCAGAACGUUUGGCAGGAAAGCUGUAGAGACAGGUGCAUUCAGAGCAGCCUGGACACAGCCGUGAGUCUUCCCAUGUGUCAGAAGCUGGAAGCCCUUGCUGGGAGCCAAAUGUACUACUCCACUGGAAAAGCCCUCUAGUGCUGUAAGCCUCUUGGACUCUUCUUAGAUUUGGGUUUUAAUUUCCCUUCCUGUCCCCAUAAAAGAUGAUGAAAGCCACCAUGGAUCCUCACAGCUGAGUGGUGGAGGGUUAGCACCGCCCAGUCACUGCUCCUCUGUGAUCUUAGAGGCACGGCUGCAAGCCUCUAGGCUGUUAGCAGAGCUCUCUGUCCCUGGUGCCGCUGGAAGCAGGUGGGCUCCCGGAGAGAGGCUAGAUCUCAGAGGGAGCACUCUGAGGCCGGAGGCCAGACCAACACUUGGAGGAAGUCCUGAGUGGACCGAAGGUUCUUCAUUGGUUGCCCAAGGCUGUAAGUAGCAAUGGCCUCUGCAUGCCAUGAGCUCUUACAAAGCAUCAUGUAGAGCUGCUGCCUCCCCAAGGUGAGAAGUCAGUUUUAACUCAGACCAACACACAGGAGAACCUUUGUAUUGGCAAUAUUGAAACACAUUUAGAAAGGUUCCUGACUGAAAUUGGCUACAGAACUUACCGUCGUUUGUAAUUUACUACACUGACUUUUAUUGAUUAUGGUACCCUCUGACUUUUCUUCUCUAGUAUGAUUCCUUCAGCAGACAAAUUACUCUUGCACAUAUACGGAAGUGGCUUUUUAGCCACAUCCUCCUUAGGGUAGAGACUGUUUACCAAAUGUGAAUUCUUCUAAGUGUGAAGUUAUGUAGAAAUUGACUGUGAAAUGUCAAAGAAAAAAAUAAAAGUCACUUACUUGAAAGCAA